GGCGUAACAAAAUUUACAUGUUCACAGAACAUUUUUACCGUUGCAAUGGAUCACAAGAAUGGACGUAAUGGGUCUUGGGACUCGAAGAUGUCCGUGAGCAGUGGCAGUACACAUGCAAAGCGAUUUAGGAAAUCAUCAAGUUCCAUACUCUCUUCCGAUUCAGAUAUAAGAUUUACGCGAAGAAAGUUGAGUUCCCAGUACAAAUGUGGGUGUUGUAUAAUAGCUGCCUUCCUACUUCUUCUAUUGUUGGCAAGCGCAUCCGUUUAUGUGGGAUACACGUUUUUCGUUUCACAUAUCCCAGAUGAACAAGUCUAUAGGGGGACCUUCAAAGUUGCCAAUGGAGACACGUUUCAAGCAGAACUAACUGAUCCCUCGAGUCAAAUUUUUCAAGAAAAAUCGAGAGAUUAUAGAGAAAGACUGAACUUAUUAUUUAGAAGAAGCUUUAUUCGAUACGGUUUUGACAGAGCAGAAAUCCUGGCUUUUGACGGCAAUGAAGACGAAGAUCUGAUUAUCCAUUUUAGCAUUUACAUAAAUCCUGUUUAUGUUAACAUAAAGGCUAAAGACUUAGAAAUGUUACUAGCCAAAGACAUAAAUUCUAAGGAACCAAUUUACUUUCCCGACAUAGUCAUUGACCCUGAUUCUCUAGAAAUUGUCCAAGGAGAACUGAUUCCACGAAGCACGACCGUGCCUUCGACGAAGCCCUCCACCAAAACUACCACCCAGUUACCUCCACCUCCUCGAAAAUGUGUUCCUACACAAAUAACCUACUGCUCAAAAGUAAAUUACAAUGUUACAUCUUUCCCUAACAUUUUUGGGCACAACAGUAUUAAAGAUGUUAUGGAAGAUUUCAUAUCGUUUAGGGAAUUGGUGGAUGCUGAGUGUUACAGAUCAGCUUUUGAAUUCAUUUGUCAAACGCUUCAACCACCCUGUAAAAAGGGAGAAGACGAGGAUGAAAUGGUUCUUCCUUGCAGAAGUUUCUGCAGAGAAUUUUUGAGCGGUUGUGGAGAUAGACUGUUACCGAAAUACAAAAAUUCACUUGAUUGUAGCCGAUUUCCUGAAUUUCAAGGAAAAGGAUCCUGCAUUACCAAACCCGAUUGCGUACAAGAGAUGCAAUCUCGCGCCUUAUCACCGAGGAUCUGCGAUGGAGUAAUAGACUGUCAGGAUUUGUCAGAUGAAUUCUCGUGUUCUUACUGCCCUAGUGACCAUGUUCAUUGCGGUGUCGGUCGUGUCUGCAUUCAUCCUUCGAAAAGAUGCGAUGGAAGAGUGCAAUGCCCCGACGGCAGUGACGAAAGAGGUUGCUUGAGCCUAGCGCCUAGCGUGGCAAACGUGACGUCGGCCAACAUCGUGACGCCACACCUUCCCCGCUAUCAUUCCGAAGGAUUCGUGACUUUCAACGAAAAAGGACAAGUGGGCAAACUUUGCGCGGAAACGCCGCCCGGUAUGAAGCUUGGCGAAAACGAAACCUCCGAGGUAUUGCACACCGUUGCUGCAUCUUUAUGCAAAACCCUGACAUUCAAGAAAUUAUUAUCAGUGAGCGUCGAGAUAGAUCAAGAACCCAACGUGCCAUAUGUUGUCAUUAAGGAACCUAAAGGAUCUCAAAUUAAUUUCGUUAGAAGUGAAUGCCCCAGUAAACAAGUUUUAAAAGUCGAAUGCUCUGAUAUAGUUUGCGGAAUUCAAACAACCAGACCGCCAUCUGCGGGAAUAAACGGUUUAUCAAAAAUGUCAUCUUACGGGGAUUGGCCUUGGCAUACAGCCCUGUUCAAACAAGACGUUCACGUUUGCGACGGAACUUUGGUCUCUCCAGAUUGGGUCAUCACGACAGCUUCCUGCUUCCAAGGCCAACCAAAGGCAGAAUGGUCCGUGCGUUUAGGAACGAUACGUAUCACGAGUUCAUCCCCGUGGCAACAAGAACGAAGGAUUGUUGGGAUGGUAAAGUCACCCGUCGAAGGUAGUACUAUUGCCAUGGUCAAAUUGGAAUAUCCGGUAGCUCUGACAGACUUUGUCAGACCGGUAUGUCUACCGGAAGAUGACAAAGAGUUUUUGUUAAGUAACGCGACCUAUUGUAACGCUCUGGGAUGGUCGAGAAUGAGGGGACAAUUACAAAGGGUACAAAUCCAAGUAGCCAACAUGGACAAAUGCGAAAAUGUCAGCAUUUCUACUGCUAACAGCUUAUGCACUGGAGCAGUCUACGGCGAAAACGAUUGCAGUGAGGAAGAAUAUGCCGGAAGUCCCAUGCUUUGCCUCCUCUCUAGUGCCCGAUGGGCUUUAGUGGGCGUAACGAAUUGGAGAAUUGGAUGUUCCAUGGGAAGACCUAGGAUGUAUGACAAGAUAACAUCAAACGCAGAUUGGAUACGCGAAACUAUUAAUUCUAUUUCGAGGUAGUAGAAGAAUAUUUGGCAAAAAUCUUAAGAACAGAGACAACACUACGAACUAAAUGAUUGAAGUAUUCGGAUGCUGAAGUGAAAUAGUUAUGUAAUAUAAUAAUAACAACUCUUUCCAAAGGAAUAUGAAGUAAAGAAAUGUGUGCUUUUGAACAUCACACAAUUGAUAGUUACUCGCUGUGGACAGUUUUUCAGAGAAAGUGUAACUUUUAAAAAUCUUUAAAAAUUUACCUUUUUGUUUGGCCAUUUCAGUCAUUUCUUUUUAUGCAGCUAGGUCAACGGUAAUAUGUUUUCAAACUAAUUGUAAAGAAAGAAGCGACCUUAAUAUUUCAAGUGUCCAUUUCAAACACUUGUGUGUAAUUGUUAUUAAGUUAUUAUCUUAUUAUUUUCUCCGAGAAGCAUUGCGAUUCAAUCAUUCAUCUACUAAUUUGUGGCACUGAUUGAUAGGUAGCUGUUUUAAUAACAGGAAAUUUUGUUACUCGUUUAAUCUAAAGCCUUAUUUAAUAUUCAAGAAAUUGUU